UUUUUAAAACCAUUGAAAUAAAACAGAAGGAUGUACCAUCCUUUAUAAUCAUCCAUUACGCACCUUUGUCAAUAUAAAUAUUUAUAUAAAUAAAACGGCUCAAAGGCUUCCACACAGAGAAGGACACGCUAAAAGAUUUAACAGAUACUUAAAUAGACGGUUUAACAAGGGAUUUGGACCAAUGAUAAAGAUGUUGAGCUUCCUGAUAUGUUGUUUGUAUUUGGUGAUGAACACUGGGCAAGCAGGUGUAAUUGAUAACCCCGUGUCUCCAAUGUGCCUCAGCUGCAUUUGUAAAGUUGCCACCACCGCCUGUGUUGACGUAGGCUGUAGCGUAGAUCGUGGAGGAUAUGCAUGCGGCUAUUACCAAAUCCGCUAUGAAUACUACAUUGAUUGUUACAAACCAGAGCCAGAUAGUGGAUGCCAGGGGCUUACGGAAGAACAAUGUUGGAUGAAAUGUUCGCGAGAUAAAAACUGUGCUGAAAGGUGUAUCCAAGCUUACAUGCUACGAUACAGGAACAAGAAUGGCGCGGGCUCUGACUGUGAAAGUUAUACCCGGCUCCAUGCCGGUGGUCCAUUUGGUGCAGCCAAGUGGAGUACGUAUUGGUAUAACCGAACGACAUCAUACUGGAACCGUGCGCGAGUGUAUGGAUGCUUGUCAGAUUCUUAGAUGCUCGUGUGCUGAAGAAAUAUUUCCUUUAUUUCAAACGAUUUUUUUUCUGUAACGAAAUGUGACUGUAUAUAAUAUAUAAAUGUUUUAUGUAUAAAUUAUGAUUUUGUAAAUUUAUGAUAAAUUAUAAAUGUUUGAUGAAG